UUGAGUGAUUUUUUUCAGUCGAGUUUUUGCCAUCGAACCGAACGGUUCUUCUUCUUCUCACCCGUCUUUUUUGCGUUUUUCGUUGUGAUUUGUUGUUCGCGCACGCACAGCAUGUAAACAACGCGGGGCGAAAGAAGUUCAUACCAAAUCCGAAACUAGCGUGCUGUGAAUCGCACGACCUUUCCGUAGCCCAUCACUUGUAAUUAAUCGAGGCGCCAAAAUUAAGUCGCGCCAAAUUCUGCAAAGAAAAGGGGCAGCACAAGUGCAAAAACACAAACACGAACACUAGUGUGCGUUGGUGUGUGUGUAUAUAUUUUUGGCGUGCGCGGCCAUUUUUUUCCUUAGCUCUCAAGUGUCUAUUUGUAUGUGUAUGUGUGCUUAGUGUACUCGAAAUUCGUAAGAGGAGAAACCGUAAAAAGUGCAAAUAGACCAAAUUUAACAAAAAGAAAAGAGAGUUGUUUACCUGGCGAGGUAAAUGUGCGUGUAAUACGCUGAUAUUAAUAAAUCCCUACGCCAAAGAUUCAUGCUACUGCUCUCAAUGCAGCACGGAAACUGAAAACGUGAAUUCAGGAAACGCGGGCUUAAGAUAGAAUUACGCGACGCAAAUAUCUGCCCGCUACUCCCCCUCACUUAAAGGUCACGCAGAACACGUGCUUUUACUACGAAAAUAUCAACAGAGCCGAGCGCGAAAAAAAAGGAACGCAACAACGUGAGCCAUUUCCAAUUGCACAAAAGGUAUAAAAAAAAACACAAAAAGAAGUUGUGUAAGCCGCUGCGGGGCCAAGUGUCGGUUUCAUUUUAGCCGCGAUCGUCGCCCGGCUCGGUCCCGCUGCCCGUUGUUUAAUAUUUGGUAGAGCAUAGCUUGAAGGCCCCAAUCUGGACGCUCGCACCAUCGCCUAUCGACCCCUGAACCUGGGCGGGCAGCCGCUUAUGGCCGAACUGCCAACGACGCCAAACGGCGCUGCCCUCGGGGCUGGUGGCGAUUAUCUGCAUCGCUCCAUCGAUCAGCUGCGCACCCUUAGCCACCUGACGCAGGCGGAUUUGCGCACUGCCCAGCUGGUCCACGACUACAAGCCCUUCAAUAUCAGCGAAUUCCGUCAGAACGUGGAGCGUUUGGACUAUUCCCUAAAGAACGGCCUUGUCCAGCAGCAGCAGCAGCAAAUUCUUGUCGAGCAGCAGCAUCAACAGACGCAUCAGCAUGAUUCCGACCAGCAGCAGCAGCAGCAGCAGCAACAGUUGCAUCAUCAGCCGCAGCUAAAGGGCAAUUAUAGUGCGCCAAGCUCGCCGCCAACGCCCACACAGCUCAGCGAGCAGCAGGAGCAAAAGUACGAUCCAAGUCGUUCGCCCUCUCGACAACAGGGCAGCAAUGGCAGCAACGGCUCAUCGCCGGAGGAUCAGCGACAGGGUGGCGAGCAGACGAAGCCGUACAAGUGUGCCUCGUGCAGUAAAUCCUUUGCCAAUUCGUCGUAUCUGUCGCAGCACACGCGCAUUCAUUUGGGCAUCAAGCCGUACCGCUGCGAGAUUUGCCAACGCAAGUUCACGCAGCUGUCGCACCUGCAGCAGCACAUACGCACCCAUACGGGCGAUAAGCCGUACAAAUGCCGGCACGCCGGCUGCCCCAAGGCGUUCUCCCAGCUGUCGAAUUUGCAGUCGCAUUCGCGCUGCCAUCAGACGGAUAAACCGUUCAAAUGUAACUCGUGCUACAAGUGCUUUGGCGAUGAGGUGACGCUUCUGGAGCACAUACCCAAGCACAAGGACUCCAAGCAUCUGAAGACGCACAUUUGCCAGCUGUGCGGCAAGUCCUACACGCAGGAGACAUACCUGCAGAAGCAUUUGCAGAAGCACGCUGAAAAGGUCGAGAAACAGCAGCAGCGUCACACGGCGCCCCUUACCAAUCUGCAGCAGCACGUGCCCGCCGGCGGCAUUGGUCUCAAUUUGCAGCGUCAGGCCAUGAACGAUGCCAAUGCCGCGUACUGGGCCAAAAUGGGCGCCGAUAGCGCCGCCGCCACACUGGCGGAGGCCAUACAGCAGCAGCUGCCGCAGGCUAAUGGCAGCUCCUAUGCGAACUUUGCGACACUCCAACAACAGCAUCAGCAGCAGGAACUGCUGCAACAGCAUCAUCAGCGUUUGGCCAACGGCGGCGGGGAAACGCCCGGCCAUUCGCAAAGUCCCCACGACGAAGCCGGCGAGGAUCUGGUGCUGCGCCAGACUACGCCACAGCAUCAUCUACAGCAACAACAACAGCAGCAGCAACAGCAACAACAGCACCAACAGCAACAGCAGGCAUCGCAUUCGCAUUCACCCGGACCGGGCGCCUCGGCCUUUACGCCGCUAAGCGCCGCAGUUGCACCACCGGCCUCGCAUCUGCAACAGCAUCGUGCACCGCCUUCAGCCACCGCUGCCUACCUGUACCAGCAGAAUGCCGCAGCCGCUGCUGCCGCAUUUCCUACGCAGCUGAUUUCGCUGCAUCAGAUACGCAACUAUGCACAUCAGCCUGGUGCCGGGCUCAUACCCAGCGAUCACUUGGCAUUAGGUCUUAGCGCCGUCGCCAAGGAGAAGGCUCAAUAGUAUCGGGCGGUUGGCCUCAAAAGGCAGCCAAAAGAGCAAGAGCUACGAUGACAACAACCUCUUAAGUUAAGAUUAAGUUAGGCUUAGCUAAGUCCGAUUUGGAUUGCUGUCAAUGCUUGGUAUUCGCUUCCAUCUUUGAUGUAGCACCUCAGUCCGUGCUGGCAAAGUGUGUGACCUAAAGUGUAUCCAGCUAGCUUGUAAGGGAUUCUUAUGCCAAAGCACGCUAUAGCCAGGGCGGCACUGCCGUGCCACAUCGAAGCAUAUUUACAGAUUCAAUAACCCUACACUGCCUCAAAAAAAUAUAUAGACCCACA